AUGGGCUCCUCUCGGAAAUCUCCCUUCGGUGGGCAACAAAAAGAAACAAAACAAAUUUUUCAUUGCAACAAAGACAAAUACUUUGAUAACUUUUUUGUCAUUAAAAGAAUAUCGGAAGACAAAGAAACAUUUCAUUCUGUUCCACCGUUUUUGGUUGAAAAAGCCAUCAAUAGUACACUUGGUGAAGUCGCUUCAAUUCGGAAACUCAGCUCUGUAGACUUGCUCGUUGAAGUUUCAUCUAAACAGCAAGCUAAUAAAAUCAUAAAACUGAAAGCUUUAGCCAUAAUACCAAUCACUGUAAGUGCCCAUAACUUACUUAAUAACUCGAAAGUUGUAAUAACAUGUGGAGAGUUAUUCAAUUCAACAAUUGAAGAAAUUAUGAAAGAUUUUCAGCCUGAAGGAGUUAUACAUGUACGUCGUAUUUCAAUACGACGAGAUGGGCAGCUCCUCCCCACGAAACACCUUGUUCUUACAUUUAAAAACCCGUCUUUGCCGGAAUCGGUUAAAGUGGGUUACAUGAAAUUGGUGGUCCGACCUUUCAUUCUGAAUCCUUUGCGUUGUUUCCAGUGCCAACGUUUUGGGCACUCUAAAAUGGCCUGCCGCGGGACACUCACUUGCGCCCGUUGUGCAGAGAAGGGACAUGACAGCCAGUAG